GAUCAUUUUUAGUUUAGUCAGUGUCGUUCGCGCUUUUGUCACAAACUGACAAUUAAAAAAAUAAAAUAAAUAUUUUCAUAGUGAUUGUGAAUAAUAAAUCCACGAGUGUUUAUUACUAGCCUUGACUUUGCUAUGAGAGGACGAAAUGGCACGUGUGAACAUACCACAAGACGCCGGGCUGUACCCGUCUUAUAUCUAAGAGGGUCUCAUUAUGAAGUCGGUCACGAUGUGGGUCGCACGUUUUCAUCAGUCAUUAAAGAUUUUAUAGCAACCUACGCUAAUCUGCGGGACUUCGAGAAGGAAUACAAAACUGAUACUGGGAAGCAGGCGUACGAGAAAACCUUAGCCAACAUGAAACAGCGUUUCCCAUGGUACUUGAAAGAGAUGCAAGGCGUCGCUGAUGGAGCUGAUGUUCCCUUCUACCAGUUGUUCCUGUUGCAAAUGGACGACAUUAUUGGCACCAUCAACGAUAACCACAUUCCGAGGAACGAUACUGGUGGAUGCAGCUCAAUUGGAAUAAACACGCCGAGCGAUGCAAUCUUGGCUCAUACUGAGGACGCAUUCAGUGAGACGCUAAAUCACUUUUAUAUCAUGUCAGCUCAUAUAAUACCAACUCAGGAGGACAAAGAUCUUGGGGCCGUCGAGGAAAGAUUCGCAUCGUUAUGCUACGCGGGACAUAUGCCCGGAUACACGAUGGGAUACAACGGAAAUGGACUAGUUUUCUCCAUAAACACACUCAGCCCUAUGAUACUGAAACCAGGGAACACUCCGCGAACAUUUAUCACUCGAGCUCUUUUGACCGCGAAGAACUUAGAAGAUGCGGAAAGAAUUCUGCUUGACCAGGGUCUGGGAGCAGCCAAUGGAUGCUCAGUGAACAUGAUAUGGACAGAGGGAAACGGUACACGAAGCCUGUACAACGUCGAGAUGGCUCCAGACCUAACGGGGGAUAAGUCACUGUUGAGUGUUAAAAAGUUCGAAAAUGAUGUCACAAUACAUACUAACAAGUACCUUCGCCUACAGCUGAAGGAAGUGGAUGGCCCCAUCAUAGACAGUAGCAACGCUCGGUUGGAUGCGAUCUACAAACAUCCGAAGCCCAACACACGGGAGGACCUCCAGAACAUUCUAUCAGACACUUCGAGACAGGACUUCCAAGUGUUCGCGGAACAAGAAGAAUCCGUUAUCAAGACUAUCGCAGCUGGUAUAUUUGAUUUGAAAGAAAAGACAUGGAAUAUUUACAUUAAUAAACCAAACGCAUCCGAGCCUGUUGCCAUUUUACCAAUUAUAUUCACCAAUUUAGGAAAAUAAAAAUAAUAGUUAAUCCAAUAGUAGAAUCGCUAGAAGAGUGCUUAAAUAUAAUAUAUUAAAUCCGCAAUGUUGAAAUUUAUCGUAAGUAAUAUAUUUUAGAAUAAAGUUUCUGUCUUUAUCCAAGUACUAUUUACCCUCAAAGGGAUACAUUGUUGGAAUAAAUAAAACACAAUAAUCAAUGCUGUGCGGCUUACACCAGUCGUAAGCUCCUUUGACCCUACUAAGGUAUUCCACGCAAGAUGAACGUUGCCAUACAAAAAAUCAAAAUGUUUCUUUUCUAUUACGAUAAUUAUUUAAAUUUGUGUGAUAUUCUAUGUAUGAUGCUAGAAAGCAUUGGUAAUAGUAGGAUCUCACAUGUGCUACAAACAAUAUAACUAGUUACCUAUUCCUUUACUAAAUUAUAAUAUGUUCCUAAAGCAAUCCAUAUAUGAAUUUUCAGGACGAGAUACAUUAAAAACAUUUUAUAUAAUACUAGUAGUGAUAAAUUUAUUUAUUUUCGAAAAGUAUUUUUUGAGCUGUUUAAAAUUUGUGUUUUUAAGGUUAAUUUAACUAAACAAAUAUGUGUAUUGUUCAUGUAUUUUUGCUUACAUGUUUGUAAUUCCUAAUAAAAAUCAUCUUAUUCUCAUGCUUUAGAUAAAUGUGUAUUGAUUAAACAUGAACGAAACUAAAAUAUUGUUUUUA